UGAACCGGAUAUGGUUUUGAGCAGAUAUGGUGGCUGAGGGGAAGGCGAUUUUCAUCUCAAUGUAAACAGUAAAUUACACCUAGCCACAAUUUUUUAAAGUGGAGCAUACAGACGAAUGUGCUCUGUUGUCGGAGCAUGAAGUUACCGUGUAAACGUUACGGCAACUGAACGGCAACUGAACGGCAAAAUGUCAAUGGAGGACCCGUUUUUCGUUGUCAAAGGUGAGGUGCAGAAAGCGGUGAAUACAGCCCAAGGCCUACACCAGCGAUGGAGCGAAUUGCUGCAGGACCCCAGCAGUGCAUCCAAGGAAGAGGUGGACUGGACAACCAAUGAGUUGAGGAACAGCCUGAGGUCCAUCGAAUGGGACCUGGAGGACCUGGAUGAGACCAUCAGCAUUGUGGAGUCUAAUCCCAGGAAGUUUAAUUUGGAUGCGAUGGAGCUGACCAAACGUAAAGCAUUCAUCACAAGCACUCGGCAAACCGUGAAGGAAAUGAAAGACAACAUGUCUCGUCCAGUGGGCCAAGCAAUGUCAGACAGGAAAGCCAGACAGGGUUUGCUGGGGGACGGUGUAUCUCAGGGUAUGGCAUGGCAACCAGGAGCAGACAAAUACACCCGGCUGGACCGCGAGCUGCAGACCGCCAACUCGCAGUUCAUGGAGGAGCAGCAGUCCCAGCAGCAGUUGAUCGCGGACCAGCAGGAUGAGCAGCUGGAGCUGGUGUCAGGCACCAUUGGUGUGCUGAAGAACAUGUCCGAGCGGAUUGGGAAUGAGCUGGAUGAGCAGACUGUGAUGCUGGAUGACUUCUCCCAUGAGAUGGACAACACCCAGUCACGGCUGGAUAACGUCAUGAAGAAGCUCGCUAAGGUUUCCCACAUGACCAGUGACCGAAGACAGUGGUGUGCCAUCGGUAUUCUCCUGGCCAUCCUGUUUGUGGUGCUCAUCCUCUUCUUUGUUCUGUGAUGAUGCCGCCAUCCACCAUUACCACCACCACCACCACACAAUCCCCUCUCUUUCUCUCUCACUCAGACUGCUGGUCCUGAUCUAUGACAGUUCCCCCUCAUUUUUUCCUCUCCUCCCAUCUCCUGCAGAUGAAGUUAUACUGUACACAAAUCAGAUUCACACCCCUGAAUAUUUAUUUUUAUUUCUUACCCCAUUUCCACCAAAUUAUGGCAAAUUGGUUUUGGCAAACAAAGCUUGCAUGGUUAUUUAUUUGUCAGAGUAACCAGUACACUUGGCUGCAGCACACCGCAACAGACAUUCGCUCACUGAGUGGUGCAGUGGUCUUCGACAACACUGGAUAUACGUAACGGGGAUUUUACAAUACGACCACUUGCAGCAUUCAGUGUUGUCUUGGGGGGGGGGGAGGGGCUUGUGCAUUUUUUCCAUAAGCUUUUAUUCUGUCACAUUCAGUUAGCUUUUUCUGGUGGAGUCUUCAAUCUUCCACAUAGUUUUUAUAAAAUGUGCAGUUACAGGGGUGUAAAGCAGGACUCCAUUUUAAGAAACAACACUGCCACCUGUGAAUUAAUUGGCUUCUUCACCUUCCCUUUCUCUUUCAGUACGUACCUUUUAAGGUCUGCACCUUUAUCUGUUAAAGGCAGUAUGUUUAGAAAGGGUCCUGGAGUGCUAUGAGAGGCAAUGAUAUUACUACUAGCAAGAGGGUGUAUUACUAACCACACUAACUGUAACUGUAGCAUUUCUUUUUUUAAUGUGAUAUUUCCUCAUGAAUUGCAGAGGUGUCAAGAAGAAAAGAAAAAAAAAAAGCAUUGGCAGAACUGCAGUGAUAAAUCUGUCUCGUGCGUAGGACACCAGUGACGAUCAUACAUUUUAUUGGUAUUACCACUAUUUAGGCUGAUGCACUAGUGUGAUUUUGAGUGUUUGUAUCAUUUCGUGCCCCAAGCUGAAAUCCAGGCGAUAUUUGUACGUGAGGUCUGACUGACCUUGUUGCAUCUUUGACUCACCGGGGAGAAUUGCUGGUCAUUAUCCCUUCAACAUUUAAUUGUGUUUCAAUGGUGGACUGGAAUGUGGAUUAAACUUAGUUCAAACAUCCCUUUGUACGUUUGACUAGACGUCAAAGUUCAUGUCUUCCAUAUUUCAGGCAUUCCUCAGUGUCUGUUAGCCACAGUUCAUCACUCUAGAGUAGGUAGACUGUAACUGAGGCUUAGGUAGGCACUCCCAAGUAUUUUUGUCCAAUGACAAAGCAAAGUCGGGUUUAUUGAUCCGAGCUAAGCUGAUAUUUAGCCUGGAGGACUGAGAGCCUUUAGAGUGGGCUGAUAUCACGUCGCUAGCCUGUAACCAUCGACUGUGCCUUAGGUUGAGGAGAGUCUGAAGUGUGGUUGAUCAGACCUCUCCAGGCACAUUGGCCUGUUUGCAGUGCAUGAUCAGCCAACAUCUACAGCUAUGGUCCUAUGUGUGAGGCUGCCCCUGCACUGUGGUGUGGCUGCAGUGGAGAUGUGAAGUAUUUGUGACUACUAUGGCGGUUUGAAUGCUGAAUCUAACCAGCUAUGUCGCCCACCAACCCACCUAUCCGGUCACCCCAAGAUUAAUCAAAACCUGUGAAGACAUCUUUAAGUGAAUUGAAGAACUUUUCUGAGAUGCACUGAACAUAUCUCUUAGAUAUAGCACCUGUACUCAAUACUGAGGUUAUCUGUGAGGAACUACUUUUCUGUGAGGAAACAUUUUUGUUAACUCACAUUUGGGUCUUAAGAAGAAAGCAAAAAUAAUCUUAUGUUAGUGAAUGAAAUAACACUACAAGCUAACUGUGAUCAAUAAAAUCAAAUGUACUUACUAAUAUUACGAUAGUUUAAACACUUAACCUGUUAUUUACGUUUUAUGGUUGAUUUGUUUGCUCUUGUUUGGUUUUUGUUUGCAUUUCAAGUUUGUCAGAGUGUUUACGGACUGUCAGGCUGUUGCAGUUUAAUUUGUUGGUCGGAAGCAUAUUUUUACAGGGAAGUAAUUUUAAAAGUUCAAUAUGCGGUGCUUUUAAUUUGGUAGUGAAAUAUGGACCCAUAAGGCAAAGCCAUUUUGGUCUGGGUUUUACAAAAGAAUGCAAUGUAAAGACAUAUUAGUACUGCUUUAACUGUGGUUCGAAGACUGUUUCAAAAGCAUUAAGGCCUUUCAUAUGCAACAUUAAGAGAAUAAGAAAAUAAGUGUACAAUCACAUCACUGGUCUCAUAAGAUGGUGAUAAAUCUGAAAGACAAUAUGUUGAAGAAUUGGCACAUGGAUGCUGUAAAUCAUGCGUGUAAAACUACUGUAUAUGUUGCUACUGUUGUCUGGCUUGUGUUCAUGCUGCUCGGGUGUGUGGCCAUGAAUUUCUCUGCUUUGUCCUAUGAAUUCAGAACCUCAGUGUUCCACCUCCAAGUCAUAUCUCUGUGUGCAGAGUUCUGGGAAAAUAAAACGGCUGUAAAAUAAAGGCUGUUCAUUAAAA